AUGGAGUCGUUCAUUCGUUUGGCAGAGGCAAUAAUCGAAUUUGAAUCCGAUUUUAGCAGCACGCCACCUGCAGAGCAAAAUAAACAUGGUCUUGCAAUACAGCAAGACGAACUGAAAGAUAUGUGGGAAAAAACUAAACAAGGGUAUGAUACUAUAAUAAACAGAGAAGGGUUGUCGAAAGAAGACAUUAAGGCCAUAAGGAGAAAACAUAAAAGCUCGUUCGCUAGCUAUGUUAAAUGCAUGUCUGCCAUGGCGAGUCAGUCCGAAACGCUUGUUAACGCAGAAAAGGAUGUACAGGAUCAGUCGGUCCGUGAACACAAUAUCCACCUACCUCAGUGUGAUACCGAUGUGUUCAAGGGUGACUAUCUGUCAUGGCCAUCAUUUCGUGAUAUGUUCACGGCCAUAUACAUCCUUAACAAGCGCCUCACUCCGGUUGAGAAACUAUUUCAUCUCAACCAAAAGACUCAAGGGGAAGCCAAAGACAUCGUGAGAAAGUGUCCACUCACAAACGAAGGCUUCCAAGCAGCCUGGAAAAGUUUAUGCGAGAGAUAUGAAAACAAGCGUAUCCUCGUAAAUACACAACUGAAAAUACUUUUCAAUUUAAAUUCAGUGGAUAAUGAGUGUGGUAGCUCAAUAAAAAGGUUGCAGCGGGAUAUAAAUAAUUGCUUAUCGUCCCUAAACAGUCACCAAAUUAACGUUUCAAACUGGGAUGCAAUUAUAGUCUACCUCUGCUCCACCAAACUUCCAGAAAGUACGCUGGCUCUAUGGGAACAAACCAUAGACCACAAAAAUGAUAUACCAAAGUGGGAGGAUAUGGACAAGUUCCUAUCCAACAGAUUUCAAACUCUGGAGACUUUAUCAGGCUUAAAAAAUUCCAAAGCUGUGAGAGCGCCAAAGCCGCAGCACACACACAAACCAGCAGAAGCCUCCCCAAAACGACUUGGCGUUUUCCAAGCAAGCGUGACCAAGUUCACUUGCAUAAUGUGCCAGUCCAAUGAGCACAAGUUACGCAGCUGCUCCCGCUUCUUAAAGAUGACACCAUCUGAAAGAAUAGAGUUCAUGAAAAACAAUAACUCUUGCUUGAACUGUCUUAAGUCUGGACAUACUGUGUCAAGAUGCACAUGCUCGUUUAAUUGCAGCAAGUGCCACUCCCGACACCACACGCUCCUGCACCUUGAGACUGACCAGCAAAAGCCUACAGCGCACCAAAUGCCGCCAAGCUCAACUGGUAAUCGAGCAUCUUCAUCGAAGCAAGCACAAACAAGACGCAAGACAGGAAAACCAAAUUCAACUGGGGACAAAAAUGUCAAGUCUUGUUUUGCAAAUUCAAAUACUGGUGUGCUCCUAGGAACAGCGCGCGUAAAUAUACAUUAUAAUGGAACCGAUUUUUCUGCAAGAGCUCUUAUUGAUUCCGGGUCUGAGUGUUCUUUUAUAACGGAAAGACUCAAACGCCGAAUCAACCUGCCAUCCAAAAGGUUGCAUGCCCAAGUUUCCGGCAUCACAAAUUCCAUAUCGGCGCAGGUCAAAGAAGCAUGCAAUAUAGAAAUACGGUCACCGAUUGACCCAUUAUUCCGGUCGAAUACCACUGUGCUUGUCCUAGCACAACUAACUGGAAAUCUUCCAACUACCCAUAUUAGCGCAGAAACUAAACAAGCAUUCCCAGAUUUGGUUUUGGCCGAUAAAAGGUUCUUUGUUAAUGAGCAAGUGGACCUUGUGCUUGGAGGAGAUAUUUAUCCAGAAAUCAUUUUGAGCGGCUUGAAGAAAAAUGUACUUAAUACUCUUCUAGCCCAAGAAACCGUGUUCGGUUGGAUAUUAACCGGCCGUCCAGAUGCAACAAGUGCAACCAACCAUAUUGCUUCAUACUUUAGCGAAGUCGCCUUGGAUAAGCAGCUUACUGCGUUCUGGGAAGUAGAGGAUCUGCCGAAAAGCAAAAGCCUAAGUGAGGAAGACAAGUACUGUGAGGAGUUGUACAAGAAUACAACUCAACGUACCCAAGACGGGAAAUAUGUAGUUUCGCUACCAUUCAGGCAGGAUUUUCCAGAGAAUGUCUGCCUAGGACCCUCCCUAAAAAGAGCGUGCUCACAAUUUUUCCGACACGAGACGCGAUUGGCCAAGGAUCCUGGACUACAAAAGGAAUAUAACAGGGUAUUAUCGGAAUACGAAUCGUUAGGGCAUAUGUCAAAGCUAAUAAAUAAUAUACCAGCAGAGUCCUCCGACAACUAUUUCCUGCCUCAUCACGCGGUCAUCAAGGCAGAAAGCACGUCAACAAAACUUCGCGUGGUUUUUAAUGCCUCAAGUCCGACGGCAAAUGGUGUAAGCCUCAAUGAUGUACUGCUCCCAGGACCAGUACUCCAGGCGGAUCUUCCCAUAUUAAUCCUACGUUGGAGAUUAUAUAAAUACGUCUUCAACAGCGACAUCGAGAAGAUGUACCGGAAAAUUAUGGUGCAUGACAAUCACACUAAGUUCCAGCGCAUAGUUUUUCGUACCAAUACGAACGAACCGAUCAGUCUUUACGAGCUGAAGACGGUCACUUUCGGGGUUAACUGUGCUCCUUACUUGGCAAUAAGGACACUUUUACAACUAGCUGAUGAUGUGGAAAACUCCUCUCCGAUAGCAUCCAAUAUUUUACGAAGAUGCAUGUACGUCGACGACGUUCUAGCGGGAGGACACAGCAUUGACUCUGCGAUAAAUGCCAGAGAUGAAAUAACCCAAGUGUUAGAGUCAGCCGGCUUUCCAUUAAGAAAAUGGACUGCCAAUUGCGAAGAUUUACUGAAAGACAUUCCAAAAACGAAUCUACUAACCGAAGAUUUUCUUGAAUUCGAAGAAACUAGCGCAGUGAAGGCUCUCGGCAUAAGAUGGAACGCCCAUACGGAUUUAUUCUAUUUUAUGGCGAGACCAUUAGAAGAAAGCGAUAAUCCAACGAAAAGGGCGAUAUUAUCAGCUAUCGCCAAACUUUUCGACCCCCUGGGGUGGCUCGCGCCCAUCAUAAUCGUAGCCAAAAUACUAAUGCAGGGUAUUUGGCUGGAAGGCACGGACUGGGAUGAAACCGUAACUCCAACUACCCUGGAUCGCUGGAAAAAUUUUACACAACAUUACCAUGAGAUCGAUAACAUACGAAUACCUCGAUGGGUACAUUUCUCACCAACAGAUGACGUCGAAGUACAUGGCUUCUGUGACGCAUCGGAAAAAGCGUAUGCGGCUGCUGUAUAUCUGCGCGUUACACAAAAUGCAAAAGUUUUCGUGGCAGAAAUUAAAGGCUUUACAUCAAACCUUUUGCAGGCGAUGGAAGUCAGAAUACCUAUCCGAACUACAGAAGCGAAUUAA